CCCUUCCGCGAGCGGCGCGCGUGCCAGGGCAUGCAGAGGGACCGGCCGGACGGAUCCAGCGGCACGUGAUAGGGAGCAGAUACUGCCUUCUUGGUACCAGGCAUGCUUGUAAUUAUUACGUGGGCAAGCUGAUGUUCUUCUGGCUAAAGAAAUAAGGGCCCUGGCUGUUUUGUAUCAAUUUGACUAUUCCACUGCCUGCUCCUAUGCAUUUGUGGCUGCAGAUAUAUAAUGCUCAGUGGAUAUUACUUUGGACAUUGCCAAAAAUUCCCGGAGAUUGAAUAAAACUGAACUAAUGGGCAAUUGACUUCAGAAGAAUUUGGACCAAAAGGUCUUCUUGUGUCUUGGUCAAAAGCGGAGAAAACCGGAGAAAGGAACAGACUGGUUUCAACAUAUAUCUCAAUUUCUUCGUCUUGUGUUGUUGCUGUGAACUUAUCAAUUCCGUUCAUGAUGGCAGCUGCUCUUGAAGCUGUUUGGCUUUGAGACUAAAAGAAGGGAAGUCUUUCUUCUGUGUAAAGGGAAUCCUGCAAUCCAACGUCAAACUGUCUCCAUUAAGGUGUCACUUCAAGCAGAAUGUGAAAACAUUUGCUUCUUCAGGCAGUCUAGCAAAUGUCCAUGAAGUAGCAAGCUGGCUUUUGGAAAUGAAUCAGGAACUGCUGUCUGUGGGCAGCAAGAGACGGCGAACUGGCAGCUCUGUGAGAGGUAAUGCUUCGUCCAGCCAAGCAGAUGAGGAACAAAUGGACAGAGUAGUGGAGGAGGAGGAACAGCAGCAGCAUUUGCGACAAGAGGGUGAGGACAUUGUGCAGAAUGGUGAGAUCAAUGAUGAAGGUCCUGGAAGUGUGGAGAGAAAUGACCCCCAGCAGGAACAUUUAGAAGAAAACAACAAUAGCUGUGUCAUAGCUGACCAUGAGUCAGCCAAUCAGCCUGAAGAGCAUGAGCAGCACCAAGAAGAAGAUGAAGAAGAGGAUCAAACCGGUGAUGUGGAAGAUGAGGACGAAGAGGAGAUGGACCAGGACAGUGAUGACUUUGAACAGUCUGAUGACAGUAGCCGGGAGGAUGAACAUAGAAAUGGCAAUGAUCUUUCCAAUUCCAAUAGAAUAAUGGACAUGGAGAUCCAACAGUCUACUCCUUUCCACACGAAAACUAUGAAGAGAAAGUUGGACCACGGAUCCGAGGUCCGUUCUUUCUCUUUGGGAAAGAAGCCCUGCAAAGGCUCAGAGUACACAAGUACAACAGGUCUAGUGCCAUGUUCAGCAACACCUACCACGUUUGGCGACUUAAGGGCGGCGAACGGGCAAGGUCAACAGAGACGUCGAAUUACAUCAGUACAACCUCCCACAGGCCUCCAGGAAUGGCUAAAAAUGUUCCAGAGCUGGAGUGGACCAGAAAAGUUGCUGGCUUUAGACGAGCUUAUUGACAGUUGUGAACCCACCCAAGUUAAGCAUAUGAUGCAAGUGAUUGAGCCCCAGUUUCAACGGGAUUUCAUUUCUUUGUUACCGAAAGAGUUGGCGCUGUACGUUCUUUCAUUCCUAGAACCUAAGGAUCUUCUACAAGCAGCACAGACGUGUAGGUAUUGGAGGAUCCUGGCUGAGGACAACCUACUGUGGCGAGAAAAAUGCAAAGAAGAUGGGAUUGACGAGCCAUUACAUGUGAAGAGGAGAAAGGUUUUAAAACCUGGCUUUACACAUAGUCCGUGGAAAAGUGCGUAUAUUAGGCAGCACAGGAUUGAUACCAACUGGCGGCGAGGCGAACUCAAAUCCCCAAAGGUCCUUAAGGGUCACGAUGACCAUGUAAUCACAUGUCUACAGUUUUGUGGUAAUCGAAUAGUUAGUGGUUCAGAUGACAACACAUUAAAAGUAUGGUCAGCAGUAACUGGCAAGUGUUUAAGGACACUCGUCGGGCAUACAGGUGGAGUCUGGUCAUCGCAGAUGAGAGAUAAUAUAAUUAUUAGUGGAUCUACCGAUAGGACGUUAAAAGUAUGGAAUGCAGAAACUGGGGAAUGUAUACACACACUCUAUGGACAUACCUCCACUGUGCGAUGUAUGCAUCUACACGAGAAAAGGGUAGUAAGUGGAUCACGGGAUGCCACACUUCGGGUAUGGGACAUAGAAACAGGCCAGUGUUUACAUGUUCUCAUGGGGCAUGUAGCAGCUGUUCGAUGUGUUCAGUAUGAUGGCCGAAGAGUGGUUAGUGGAGCUUACGAUUUCAUGGUGAAGGUGUGGGACCCAGAGACCGAAACCUGUUUACACACACUGCAAGGCCACACUAAUAGAGUUUAUUCCUUACAGUUUGAUGGCAUCCAUGUAGUGAGUGGCUCCUUGGAUACCUCAAUUAGAGUGUGGGACGUGGAGACUGGGAAUUGCAUCCAUACACUAACUGGGCACCAGUCAUUAACUAGUGGCAUGGAGCUCAAAGAUAACAUCCUUGUUUCUGGCAAUGCCGAUUCUACCGUUAAAAUAUGGGACAUUAAAACAGGACAGUGUUUACAAACAUUGCAAGGUCCCAACAAACAUCAAAGCGCUGUGACCUGUUUACAGUUCAACAAAAACUUUGUAAUAACCAGCUCAGAUGAUGGGACUGUAAAACUGUGGGACUUGAAAACGGGUGAAUUUAUUAGGAACCUAGUAACGUUGGAGAGUGGAGGAAGUGGAGGUGUCGUGUGGCGAAUCCGAGCAUCUAAUACAAAGCUUGUAUGUGCUGUUGGAAGCAGGAAUGGGACUGAGGAGACAAAGUUGCUGGUGCUGGACUUUGAUGUGGACAUGAAGUGAAGGCUGGGGAGAUGAAUUUGUCCAAAUUUCUAGACUGCAUAAUUCCCUCCUCUUGUUUUGCCUCCCACUUCUCCCCCAGUCCUUCCCUCCAAAAAAUAUCCAUUGGCCUUGGCGAAGCAGUAUAUAGGCUUGGGACAACAUACUGCAAAGACCUACAGAGGUUGAGUAAGACAACAGAUGACAUCUUGAUGUACACAGACGUCACUUUUUAACGUGGAGUACUUUUUUUUUUUUUUUUUUUUUUUUUUUUUUUUUUUUU